CGCAAAUUCGGCCUGACCAAUAACAGGAUAAUAAUCGUCUGCUCAUUCUGACGAAUUCCGUUAUUUGUUAACUGCUAAAAUGACUUCUUUCAUCCAAGGAUCGCUUACUGGGAUUUUAUUCAUUCUCCUUCGGGUCACUGUAUCACUACAGAAGGAAGAUUGCGCCACCUCCCAUGCCGAUGUUGUCUUCCUCAUGGACGAGUCGUCGAGUAUCCAGCCCGACUCGUGGGAUAAACAGAAAGACUUCGUCAAAGAAAUGAUCAAGAGUUUUGACAUAGGUCAACAUUUCACCAGAGUUAGCCUUAUUACCUUUAGCACUGGUGCUACCUUGAUUUUUAGCCUUAAAAGAUAUAAUACCAGGGAACGCAUGAUAAAUUCCUUGGACCACCUCCGACAACAAGGAGGCCAGACAGACACCGGUGCGGCCCUCCGAAUCGCCCGCGAAUACGUCUUCCUACCACGGAUGGGCAGUCGAAGGGACGACCCGGACAUCCCCCAGAUCUGCAUCGUGAUAACCGACGGGAACUCCCAGCAAAGCGAAGAGACCAAGCACCAGGCGGCCCUUACCAAAGCAGGCGGUAUCAGCGUCUUUGCCAUUGGCGUCGGGAAGAAAGUCAGCAAACAGGAGCUGAGGAACAUCGCCUCAGGAGUGGAGUAUGUGUUCCCUGUGGACGACUAUAGCAAGCUGAAGAACAUCGAGUUUGCGUUGGCGUACAGGGCAUGUGAUGUGACUAAGCUUCAACCCACGACUACCACAGAGACGCCAACCACAACGACACGUGUCCCAACAACCACGACUGCUCCAACACUUCCACCUUUGCCGCCACUGUACGUCACUCCAGAAUGCAAGCAAAAACAAGCAGAUGUUGUUAUACUCCUUGACACAUCCAGCGGCAUUAGAGCUCCAGACUUCUCCGAGAUGAAAGCCUUCGUCCAAGCCAUGGCCUACACCCUGGAUAUCUAUCCCAACAACACGAGAAUCAGCCUUAUGACCUUCGCAGACCACCCAAAGAUCCAUUUCGAGUUUGACCAGUACUCUACCCGGGAAGAGAUCUACGAGGCUGCGUCGAAAAUCAAGAAGCAGCGAGGUGCUCGUAACCUCGAUGUUGCCUUGAAGGUCAUCCGAACCCACACGUUCGACCCAAGCUCCGGGGCCCGGAAGAGGGUUGCUAAGGUUGUAAUCCUGGUAACAGACGGACCUGCCGCGAACUUGAAGAGUGCAAUUGCUGAGAAAAACAGCCUGAUGUCUACGCACGGAGUCGAGCUGUUUGCAAUAGGUGUGGGUAUUGGUGUGACGGACGAGGAGUUGCAGACCCUAGCUGGACGGGAAAGGAUGUUCCGCCUGUACGACCACUGGCAACUGAAGAGUCUACGGUACGACCUUGCCGACAAAAUCUGCCAAAUCGAGCCGCCACCACAAGACUUUGGCUGUGGCGAUAGACGCGGGGCGGACCUCGUCUUCAUCAUGGACACCAAGAACGCCGGCAGUAACGGCAUCAUCAGCAUCCGCAGCUUCCUGAAGAACAUUGUCAAGAAAUUCGAAGUAGGACCCAAGAAGAUACAGGUGUCGUCUGUUCCAAGCGAAUGCGGAUCUUUACCAGGGUACGAUUUGAACACCUACCCUACAAAAGCGGAGGUUCUGGGAGCUUUAGAAGCAAAGAAGGAAUACAGUUUGGUGAAAUUGUUAGAUCAAGUUUCGACAGAGACAUUUAUUCCCGAAAAUGGUGGGAGGAAGCGUGAAGAUGUCGACCGAGUGGCCAUCUUGGUUACAGACGAGAAGCCAAACAAUAUGGCGGCGGUCAGAGAAAAGUCUGGCGCACUUAAGGCGCAGGGUGUUACAGUCUAUGUGGUGGGCGUUGGGAAGCUUGUCAACAAAGCUGCACUGGGAGAGAUUGCAAGCAGACCCUUGGCACGGCAUCUAUUUACCGUGGACAGCUACGAGAUGUUGGAAGAGACCCAGUACGAGAUUGUUGGAGCAUUGACUACAUAUAUCUGUCGAGGACUAUAAUAAGAGAAAAGUUAUCAGUUUGAAGGAAGUUGUGUUUAUGUGGUUUCACAGGAACCGAUCUGACGAAGCUCCAACGACUUGGACCACAUCGCUUCGGCGCCAAGUCGCAGCGCCUGGGCGUGGCAGGUCUAUGUCGGAGAGGGCACUUGGGGGAAGAACUCCUGGCGAAGAUGUGGGGAUACCGGAAAGGCUUUGGCUGAGAUCAGAGGACGACGAACUCGACAGGAACAAACUGAAAUGUUGGAGAUUGAUAUCUGCAGUAACUGUCACUGACUUGAUAUGCUCGGGGAGGUGAAGGCCAUUGGUUCUUUAAUGACCGCCGACAUUAUUCUGUAUGUUUUCCAAUUGAAGCACAUUAUACGAUAGCAAAUUAUUGUUGCCGAAAAAUUAGGGUAGAACUCUAUUAAACGGGGAUAUUUAUUCCUUUUACACCAGAAUAUUCAUAUGCUGCGCAGCGCCAUCUAGUAGAACGUCUGCUUUCAGUCUCUGUCGUCUGCAAAGGGAGCAUGAAUCAUCUGCGCCAUCACAUUGGAAUGGGGCUAAUUACUUGAGCAUUGUUUACACUUAGAUUGGGGGUGGAAAUAAAAAGCACUAUUGUUUUAUCAAAAAAGGUGCUUCCGUAAUUUACCUGUCAUCUCAAUGAGAUAUCAGCAGAGCAUGCCAAGUAUUUAUGUGUGGGGUGAAAAUAGUGAAUCACUAACUUGGAUCACUUACUUACGCAUUCUUUUUAGUUAGCUACUGGUUAUUGGAUAAGGCCGUAACUGCAUGCACGGCUCUGCUUUACCCACCAAAUAUAGGCCAACUGACAGAGCUGGGUUUGAAGCAGCUAAAGAGCUAUUAAACUCCGGACGCAGUGGAUGGACAUUGUCCUUUCCCCUAGGAUGACUGAUUAGGAUGAUCAGUAGACUGCUGGGGGAGUCUAAAUAACGAUUAACUCGAAUUGAACGUUACUUUAGAAAGGCAUUGUAAACCAGUUUGCCCCUAUGCAGAAGCGUGCAAUUGAAAAUCUCAGCUUAAUCUUUGAUAUCUCCAAUUAUGAGUCGUUUCUCGGGACAGAAGUCAAAAGUUUUAAUGUUUCCAGAGGCCAAUGGAG